AAUGCGAUUUGGAGAAAUGAGAUAGCUAGCUAGCUAGCUAGCUCGAUCGUGAAGCUCCUUACCUUGCUGGCACGUCAUGCGAAAUUAACCUCUUAAUUAAGAGACUCCCAAUCAUAGGUAUGUGUGAGAUCAAACAGGAGAUUUAGAAAUGGAGAAAAUGAGGCUGCUUCAACCGAUUGAGGGCGGCAGGCCUCAAAAAUCGAGAAUUGGACCAUCAUGGAGAUCUAUAGUUCCCGUUACGGUCCUGGCAACUUUGCUGCUUGCCUGGAAGGGAAUUUGCCCGGCUCCGACUCCCAUCUUGACGUCAACCGAACUUUCGGAAGGUCUCCGACAAUGCGCCAGGAACCAGCAACGUCCUUUCGUAGACUACUCACUUGCGUCUGAUCGACUAAAGGCACGGGAUCUUGAAGCUCCCAUCAAAAUCUUUCAAAACGCUACACUUAUCGAUGGUGAUGGCCGCAUUCUUUCCGAAAUCGACGUUGAAGUUCAAGACGGGAUUAUCACCUAUGUCGGGGGCCGACGCGCCGAGACUAUAGCGGAUGCGACUAUCAUCAAUGUUGCUGGUCGUUUCCUGUCUCCUGGCCUAAUAGACAUGCACUCGCAUGUAGGCCUAAGACAGGAACCUCAAAUCUGGAUGAACGCGGAUGUGACGGAAAGCUCGCAGGUCAUAACGCCAUGGUCGAGAGCAAUUGAUGGAUUUAAACCCCAUGAUGAAGGCAUCAAGAUCGUAGCCAGUGGAGGUACAACAACAUCUUUAAUCUUAACUGGUGCGAGCAACUUGAUCUCAGGCGAGGGGAUGGUUGUCAAACACAAGCAAAGCAAUUCCGUCUGGGAAUUGGAAAUAGAUUCGACAAGUAAUGGAAAAAGCCCUAAACGUCAGCGAUAUCUGAAGAUGGCCUGCGGAGAGAAUAUUAAGCAAAAUUUCCAGAAUGCGCCUGCAGGCCCGAUAAGUCGACAGGGAGAAUCUGGCUACGUCCGCUUCGCCUACGAAGAGGCAAGAAACCUGCGCGAUCGUCAAGAUGCUUGGUGUGAACGUGCUUCCGCCGGUGGCGUCGGGCUGGAUAUCCCUUAUCCCACCUCCUUACACUGGCAGACGCUUGUAGAUGUCUUGAGAGGAGAUCUGAGUGUGCACUUGCACUGCUAUCAGACUCAAGAUGUCUUCGCUGAGUACGACCACGCCGAUGAAUUUGGUUUCAACAUUUCCGCCCUCCACCACAUCACCCAAGCCCAUGAAAUGCUUGACGAGAUCAAGAAGCGGGGCUCGAUGCUAGCCACAUUUUCCGACGAAGGCGGCUUUAAGAAUGAGAACUACCACAGCAGUUGGUACAUGCUUAAGAAGGCUGCCGAGGCCGGUAUUCCCAUUGCUCUCACAACAGACCAUCCCGCGAAGCACGGCCAAUUCUUUGCCCAGGAAGCCCAAAUUGGACACCAUUUCGGAUUGGAGGAAAAGCUAGCAAUCGCAUCGAUGAUGUCUGUACCAGCUAAGGCAUUAGGACUGGACAAUAGGAUUGGUUGGGUUCGUCCCGGCUAUGAUGCGGAUCUUGUGGUCUGGGAUUCCCACCCUCUAGCUCUGGGCUCGACACCUCUUCAAGUUAUUGCCGAUGGUGUAACGCUCGUCAAUGCCUCGGAAAAGCUUUGGGAAGAGAGCGUCACAAGGGAGCAAGUGUUUACUCCAUCUCCCCCAAGCCGUACCCAGAAGGCCAGCGACAAGAAAGUCUGCACCCCGGGACAGAAAGAUGUUGUGCUACGUGGCGUGAAGAAGAGCUAUCUCACUGGACUGAAAACGUCUACUUUUGACAACAUUACUGCGGUCGUGCGCGACGGCGUUCUUGAGUGUAUUGGAAGCUCGUCGUGUGAAACUGUUGCAGAGAAGGCCGUCGGACAGGGUGUCCCUGAAUUGUACUUGAAGGAUGGAUAUAUCCUGCCGGGUAUCGUUUCGGCGACUCGUUCGCAUGGAUUAAGCGAAUUGGUCGGAGAGGGCUCCACGAAAGAUGGAGAGCUAACGGGAUUCGACCUUAGCCGGGUGAUUACCGCUGCGGAUGGCCUUCAAUUCGGCGAUCGCCGUCUCGCUAUAACCCAUCGACGAGGUCUGACAACUCUGGUUACUGCUCCUGUGAGCAAUGGUUUCCUACACGGAAUCAGCACGGCAUUCCGCCCUGGGGCGGCGCAUGGGCUGGCUCCUGGAGCUGUGGUGAAGAGAGACGUCUCGCUAUUCCUCUCAAUCGGCCACGAAUCCAAGAACGCUCUCUUCCCGUCCAUAUCAUCGCAGAUUUACGAACUCCGGAAAAUACUUGAGAAUCCAAACCCACCACACCCAACAUACGCUCUUGCGGCUAACGGCACUUUACCAAUCACUGUGCGCACCGAUAACAAGGAUGUUAUCGCGAAGAUGAUUGCGCUUAAACAUGAAAUCCCGUCACUUAAUAUUAUUAUUCAUGGUGGUGGUGAGGCUCAUCUGCUUGCCCAUGAACUGGCCGCGGUGGAUAUUCCCGUGGUUUUGGCGCCAUUCCGAUGCAGUCGUCUUACAUGGGAAGUGCGGAACUGUCUUCCCGGUCCUCCUCUGAAUGAUGUAGCGGGGCCUGAUAUCCUGCUCGACGCAGGUGUAAAGUUGGGUGUCGGUAUUUGGGAUCAUCGAGAUCGGUGGGUAACUAACGCGCUAUGGGAGGCGGGUUGGCUUACACGGGGUCGUAUGGGUAUCUCGGCUGAGAAGAGGGGGGAGUUGGCUGUCGAUAUUGUUACGAAGAAUAUGCGGGAGAUCUAUGGACUGGAAGUACGCGAUGAGAAGGAAUUUGUGGUUUAUGAAGGCGACCCGCUUGAGUACGGCUCAAGCAUAGCUCUGAUCGUGGAAGAGGGGGAGAUUCAGAAGUGUUGGCCUGAUGUAGAAGAAAAGUACGUGUACUAGCGGACGCGUCUA